AUGUGUUCCAAGGUGACGAAGUUCAUUCGCAUCGGCAUCGCGGACAAAAAUGAUAACCCUCCAUACUUCGACAAGGAACUGUACGAGGCAGAAGUGGACGAGAAUGAAGAUAUCCAACACACCGUACUCACUGUCACCGCCAAAGAUCACGAUGAAUCGUCGCGUAUUCGAUACGAGAUCACGAGCGGGAACAUAGGAGGCGCGUUCGCUGUCAAAAACAUGACCGGCGCCAUAUACGUGGCCGGGGCGCUCGACUAUGAAACAAGGAAACGGUAUGAGCUGAAAUUGGCUGCGUCGGACAAUCUGAAAGAGAACUAUACAACGGUGGUGAUUCACGUGAAGGAUGUAAACGACAACCCCCCAGUAUUUGAAAGACCAACCUACCGCACGCAGAUCACCGAAGAAGUUGACCGCAACCUUCCCAAGCGUGUGCUUCAGUACGAGCUGACGCUGGUAGCUUCCGACGGCCGCAACGAGAACUCUACACGCGUUGUGGUGUGCGUGCUUGACAUCAAUGACAUGCCGCCAAGGUUCGCACGAAGCGCGUACGUUACCCAAGCGCUAGAGGAGACUGGACCGUUCCCACGAUCCCUGUUACAGGUAACUGCCACUGAUGGUGAUAAGGACCGACAGCAAAACAUUGUGUAUUUCCUUACCGGUCAAGGAAUUGAUGCAGAUAAUCCUGCCAACAGCAAAUUUGACAUUAAUCGUACGACAGGCGAAAUCUUCGUCCUUAGGCCAUUGGACCGUGAUCAGCCAAACGGAAGGCCGCAAUGGAGGUUUACUGUGUUCGCGCAAGAUGAAGGGGGAGAAGGCCUUGUAGGAUAUGCCGACGUACAAGUGAAUCUAAAGGAUAUUAAUGACAAUGCCCCUAUUUUUCCACAAGGUGUUUACUUUGGAAAUGUGACAGAAAAUGGUACUGCAGGCAUGGUCGUAAUGACAAUGACUGCUUUAGACUACGACGACCCUGCCGAAAGUAAUAAUGCAAAGUUAUGGUAUUCUAUAGAAAAAAAUGUCAUUGAAGAAGAAACAGGUUCCCCUAUAUUUGAAAUAGAACCGGAAACAGGAGUUAUAAAAACAGCAGUAUGUUGCUUAGACCGUGAAAGGACCCCCGAUUAUUCUAUACAAAUAGUUGCAUCUGAUGGAGGGGGGUUAAAAGGAACGGGUACAGCUUCUAUACGAGUUAAAGAUAUUAAUGAUAUGCCUCCACAAUUCACUAAAGAUGAAUGGUUUACUGAAGUUGAUGAAACUGAUGGAACUAAUUUACCAGAAAUGCCAAUUCUUACAGUAACUGUUCAUGAUGAAGAUGAAACCAAUAAGUUCCAGUACAAAGUCAUUGAAAAUAGUGGUUAUGGUGCAGAUAAAUUCACUAUGGUCAGAAACAAUGACGGCACAGGUUCAUUGAAAAUUGUUCAACCCUUGGAUUAUGAGGACCAGUUGCAAAGUAAUGGUUUUCGAUUUAGAAUACAAGUCAAUGACAAAGGGGAAGAUAAUGAUAAUGAUAAAUAUCAUGUAGCUUAUUCGUGGGUUGUUGUAAAACUUAGGGAUAUUAAUGACAAUAAACCUCAGUUUGAUCGAGCUAACAUAGAAGUUUCGGUUUAUGAAAAUGCCGAAGUUGGUAAAAGCCUUGACACCUUUAAGGCAACGGACCCAGACCAAGGUGGAAAAAGUAAGGUUUCCUACGCUAUCGACAGAUCUUCUGAUAGAAAAAGGCAAUUUUCCAUUAAUCAAGAAGGAACUGUUAGUAUACAGAGGUCGUUAGACAGAGAAGAUACGCCACGACAUCAAGUAAAAAUUUUAGCAAUAGACGAUGGAGUUCCUCCAAGAACAGCCACAGCAACUUUAACAGUAAUAGUUCAAGACAUUAAUGAUAACGCACCUACCUUCUUGAAAGAUUAUCGACCUGUGUUAACAGAGCAUAUAACGCCAAAAAAAGUUGCCGAAAUCUUGGCUACUGAUGAUGAUGAUCGCUCGAAAAGUAAUGGACCUCCUUUCCAGUUUCGGCUUGAUCCUGGUGCAGAUGAUAUCAUAAGGGCAUCAUUUAAAGUAGAACAAGAUCAAAAGGGUGCUAAUGGUGAUGGUAUGGCUAUCGUUUCUUCCUUAAGAUCUUUUGAUCGGGAACAGCAAAAAGAGUACCUUAUUCCCAUUAUUAUUAAAGACCAUGGAAACCCAGCAAUGACGGGCACAAGUACUUUAACUGUUGUAAUAGGGGAUGUUAAUGACAAUAAAAUGCAACCAGGUUCUAAGGAAAUACUUGUAUAUAACUAUCAAGGACAAGCACCUGAUACCGAAAUUGGAAGAGUAUAUGUAUAUGACUUGGAUGACUGGGACCUACCUGACAAAAAGUUUUACUGGGAGAGUUCUGAACAUCCAAAUUUUACAUUAAAUGAAGAAACGGGCGGAAAGGCUGAAUACACUGGGGUCCGAACAUUUGAAGUCUACGCCGAUUUUCAGAAAGGUUGCCUUGAUGACAUUAGAUUGGAAGGUAAACAUUUGCCAUUACCCCCUGCAAUGAAUGGCACUCAAUGGGGUCAGGCAACUAUGGCUAGAAAUCUAGACCGCAAUUGUCCUUCUAACAGCCCAUGCAUCAAUGUUCACUGCACAGAGCCCUUCGUUUGCGUUGAUUUAUGGAAUGAAUAUGAAUGCACUUGCGGUGAGGGUUUGGUUUUGUCGCCGGAUGGGAAAGGUUGCGUAGACAAGAACGAAUGUCUAUAUUUCCCGUGCCGCAACGGGGGCACGUGUGUCAACCGCGAGCCUGGCUACCGCUGUCACUGCCCGGAAGGUUUCUGGGGCGAGAAUUGCGAGCUCGUGCAAGAAGGGCGCACGCUCAAGCUGAGCAUGGGAGCCUUGGCAGCCAUCCUCGUCUGCCUCCUUAUAAUAAUGAGGGCCCAGUGCGCGGAUGCGGGUAGGUGCGUUGAGGUACAGUACGCGCUGUGUAGGUGUCCCGGCGGCUCGGCACGCGCCGGCGGUACGUGUGUCAACGUAAACGAGUGCGUUGGCAGCCCGUGUCUGAACGGCGGCACUUGCGUGGACCGCGAGCCGUCGCGCCGCUACGACUGCGUUUGCGCAUUCGGCUACGCGGGCCACGACUGCGAGCUGGAGUUACUCGCGUCCGGGAUCAUCACCCCCUCCAGGGAUUUCAUAAUAGCUAUCAUUGUCUGUUUGUUUUUGCUUUUAGUUCUGGUAUUGGUGUUCGUCGUGUACAACCGGCGCCGGGAGGCCCACAUCAAAUACCCUGGCCCUGACGACGACGUGCGCGAGAACAUAAUCAACUACGACGACGAAGGUGGCGGUGAGGACGACAUGACCGCCUUCGAUAUCACACCGCUGCAAAUACCGAUUGGAGGACCGCUGCCUGACCACGCCCCAGCUAAGCUGCCGUAUCCGUUGAUGGGAGUGGGCUUAGGCGUCGGCCCAAUGGGUGUGGCUAUAGGCGUUCCCCCUGGCGUGGGCAUGCCGCUGCCCGGGGAGACGAAUGUGGGAAUGUUCAUCGAGGAGCACAAGCGCCGUGCCGACAGCGACCCGAACGCACCGCCGUUCGACGACCUCCGCAACUACGCCUACGAGGGUGGCGGCAGCACCGCCGGUUCCCUUUCAUCUCUGGCUUCCGGCACCGACGAUGAGACGCACGAAUAUGACUACCUGGGCGCCUGGGGUCCUCGGUUCGACAAACUGGCCGAUCUCUAUGGGCCCGACCUCGACGAACAACUG